GUUACAGACACAUGGACAGAAUCUACAUCGAUUAUAUGGCAAUUUUUUACUCAAUGUUGGCUCUUUAUUCAAAUUUAUAUUUAGCUGAAAACUACUACUUAAAUAUAAAAUUAUAAAAAAUAUAGAACAUUCAUGUAACUCGGUACGAAUGCUGUCUGUGACAUACUGUAACGAUCCGAUUAAGCGUCCAGCAUUUUUUAAGCGCUCCCCUCGAAUAAGCGCCCAGAUAAUUUCCUCAAAGUUACCUUGAGAAGCUGGGCGCAUAUUUAAAAAUUUUACUUUCUUAUAUUGAGAACCCUAGAAAGACUAAACUUUGUGUUGUUACAUCUUUUCUUCAGUUUUGUUUUUCAGGAAAAAAAUCAAAAUUGAAAAUUCCCGCUGCCUUUAAUUUGUACAAAAUUGGAAAAAUUUAUAAGCGCCCAGCAUUUUUUAAGCGCACCCUAGAUUAAGCACCUAUGCAAAAAAAUCCAAAAUUUUAAUAUCUCUCUUUAAUAUCUCUAAUCUCUUGUUCGGAUCAUUACCGUAUGACAAAUUAUAAUCAUGCGAUGAAUACGAAGGUUAUUAAUGUGUGUAUAUUUGUUUAAAAAGAAAUCCGGAUUUUCAAUGAAGAAACGUAGUAUACUUACAUCCAGACUUCUGGUACUUCAAGUUGCAGAAGCUUCUUUUUCUAACUUGUUAAUGCAAGUUCAGAAUAUUCUUAGCUGUUUUUCAAAACCGCCGCAAAGGUUCUUUUAGAUCGGCUGAUUUAUUAUCAUAUGGUUGUAAAUUUUUAUUUUAUACAUAACAAAGUUUUGCUUUGCUUAUACCUUAGCGAAUGAACAAAAGUAAUUUCGAUUGGAAGCGUUUCCUGAGCCCUUUAUCUUGAGAAAUAUCUAUGAUAAGAAGCUAAGGCAUAUCACCUCAUAGUACCCAAAUUAGGUUUCAAGAACAAUAAAUCUUUGAACAAGGAAAGAAUUGUAUUAUUACAAAUGUAGUACCAGUUUUAGAUGCCAACCUUCAUAGUAUUUAUGAAUUCAAGUAGUUUUCAAUUUAACGUAGUUGCCUUGUGGAAACUAGAAACUUAGCCCGUUUUUGGCAGUGACGAAUUAUAACUUUGUUAUGAAGAAAGUAAAUUCGACAUAAUAUGUAAUGCUAUUUUUAAGACUUGGAAAUGAAGUCAACUUUUAUAUACUCUUGUCUGCAAAGUAACACGAGGCAACGGAUUCUCCUGAAAACCACAUCAGUUUUUGAAUACUAUAUAUGUUUCCUGGACUUUUUAGCGAGUUAAAGUGUUAAACAAAAAGGAGUAUAGCCCUUUGUUGUAUUUGUUUUAGAAACUAAAGAUGUAUAUUUGAAUUCUAACAGCAAAACAUGUCUACUUUCGCUGACCUGGUCGACGAUGUGUUAGUUCAAAUAUUUCAGUACUUUAAUUUGCGAGAAAUACCGAAAUUGAUGGUUGUCUGUAAACAUUGGAAAUUGGUCAUAGAUUCGAACGAAACCAUCUGGAAGAAAUGCAUUCCGCCAUUGAUAUUAGUUCAUUUAUCAGAGUGCCAAAGUUAUAAGUUAACUUUGAAGAAAAUUAUCCAAACUUCUAUAAAAGUUGGUGCCGAAAGAUGGUUUCCAAACCCGUGUCCGUUAUUAAACUUAAGAAAAAAAUUAAUAGAUUUUUGUAACCAAUGGGGAUUUGGUGGUAAAGAACCAACAGAUGCAGGAUUUACAUUGUAUGUCAGAUUGAACCCAAUCUAUGACUUUAUCAAUGGACAUACAGAUGUUGAAUUGUUUGGCAUUAUUGAAAAACUUUGGAUUAGAUUUGGUGAUCGGGAAGAUGAUACAUUCGACCUGAAGUGUGUAGAUGACGUCGUCAGGCAUUCAGAAGAAGUAGAUUUCCCAAUGCUCCUAGAGACUUUGCAAAGAACAUUCGAGCCAAGUUAUAUCAAGGGUGAUGGAGAUUAUGAUGAGGAUGAGAAAAUUUGUGAUCGACUGGAUCUUAGCACAUUUUCAAUAGAUGGUGAAUAUGAUGACAAGGAUACAUCCCCAGAAUCAUUUGAAGUGGUGGCGGAGGAUAAAGGGCACUGGUUUGAGGAAGUUGUUAUUAAUUUGAGAAGAAAUUACAGACCUCCCUGUUUAGGUUUGUACCAGUUAGUUAUGAAAGCUAUGUUAGGACCACAUGGUGAAGAAAUAGCCAGAAGAUAUCAUUUAAAUGAGGGAUGUUUUAACGAAAAUUACGAGUACGCAAAGCAACUUAUCAUUGGGGAAAAUGCUGCAUUUUCUAUCUCACAGUUUUACGAUCUUUGAAUAGUUAUUUUGUUGGCUUAUUACCAGAAAUUUAUACUUUUUAAGAGAAGCUGUCGUGUAA